AUGUCCUCGCUGCCGCCGGCGGUGGCGGCGGCUUCGCCCACGGCCGCGGAGGACGAGGCGCGCGACUGGGCGGAGAUGCCGUCGGACGCGCUGGCGGCCGUGUUCGCGAAGCUGGACGUGGCCGAGAUCCUGCUCGGGGCCGGGCUGGUCUGCCGCGCGUGGCGCCGCCUCGCGGCCUCGGACCCCACGCUGUGGCGCCGCGUCGACAUGACCUACCAGGGGGACCAGCUGCAGACUGAGGAGGUCGAGGCCAUGGCGCGCGCCGCCGUCGACCGCUCCGCGGGCACCAUGGAGGCGUUCGGGGCCGAGACCUUCGUCAACGACGAGCUCCUACGCUACAUCUCUCAGAGGGCCCCCUCAUUGAAGAGCCUCCAUCUCUGCUUGUGCCAUCAUGUCACUAAUCAAGGUUUUGCAGAGGCAAUUAAUGGUUUCCCUCAGCUCGAGGAGCUAGAUGUUACAUUCUGCUCAUUGAAUGGCAGCGUGUGUGAGAGUGCUGGGAGAGCCUGCCCACAACUUAGAUGCUUCAGGUUGAAUGAGCACUGGUCUAUUCUUCAAAAUGAGCGCUGGUCUAUGCUUCAGGGCAUGGAUGAUGACACGGAAGCAUUAGGGAUCGCUAGCACCAUGCCUGGGCUCCAAGAACUUCAGUUGAUUGGUAACCUGCUGUCCAAUGACGGACUCAUGGCAAUCCUUGACCGUUGCCCUCGCCUUGAAUCCCUUGACAUUCGUCAGUGCUACAACAUACAAAUGGACGAUGCACUGAAAUUGAAAUGUGCUAGGAUACGAUAUCUGAAGCUUCCUCAUGACUCCAUCUCUGACUUCAGGUAUCGGGCUUACAUCGUCAGCAGCAUAGCUAACUCUGGCUCUGAUUUUGAGUUGGAUAUGUAUGAUGAUCUGCUGGAUGUGGUCACUGAAGAUGAUGAUGCUGAUUUUGAUGAUAUGGAUGGUUUCGAUGACACAGUCUCAGAUGGAGGCAUGUACGAUGAUGACUUUGAUAUCUGA